AUGGACCCGCCCGCGACGCUCGUCGACAACUACUUCUGGCUCCGCGACGACAGCCGCACGGACGAGACGAUCCUCGCGCACCUCCGCGCGGAGAACGCGUUUACGGAGGCGGCGACGGGCCACCUCGCCGCCUUCCGCGCGAAGCUCUACGACGAGCUGCUGAGCCGCGUGCAGGAGGACGACGACACGCCGCCCUACAAGCUCGGCGACUGGCUCUACUUCUCGCGCACGGUCAAGGGCCUGAGCUACCGCCAGUACCUCCGGCGGCCCGUCGGCGGCGGCCCCGACGAGCUCUACCUCGACGUCAACGAGGUCGCCAAGACGCUGCCGAACCCGAAGCAGUGCGACGUCCACGAGGUCGAGGUGUCGCCCGACGGCUCCCAGGUCGCCUUCGCCGUCGACGGCACGGGCUACGAGACCUACGACGUCGUCGUGCGGCAGCUGACGAACGACGGCGCCGACGAGACGAUCGCGAAGACCCUCGGCGGCAUCGCCUGGGCGAGCGAAAAAGAGUUCUACUACGUCACGGAGGACGCGGCCCACCGGCCCUACCGCGUCUGGAAGCACGUGCUGGGCACGCCCCAGGCCGACGACGCGCUCGUCUUCGAGGAGCCCGACGAGAUGUUCAACGUCGGCUGCUGGCGCGACGCGGACGGCUCGACGAUCUUCAUCGAGUCCGAGUCCAAGGAGACGACGGAGCUGCGCUUCAUCUCGCUAGAAGACGGCGGCGGCGCGCCGACGGUCGUGCGGCCGCGCGAGUUCGGCGUCCGCUACGACGCGGCGUCGCACGCGCCGUCGAACUCGCUGAUCCUCACGUCGAACGCGUCCAAGGACGCCCCGGGGACCUGGGCGCUCCUGAGCGACGGCGCGGGCGCCGCCGUGCUCCCGCACGACGAGUCGCGGAGCCUGGGCGCGCCGCGCGCGUUCAAGGACUUCGUCGCCGUCCGCGGCCGCGAGGACGGUUUCACGCAGAUCUGGACCUUCGACGCCGACGCGUUCACCGCGUCCCUCGGCGCGAACGCGGAGUUCGACAACGGCGGCGUCCUCCGCGUCCGCUACGGGUCCGUGACGACGCCGUCGUCGACGCUCGACUACGACGUCGCGUCGACGGCGUUUACAACCGUAAAAGUCCAGCCCGUGCCCAACUACGACGAGGCCCUCUACGCCACGGAGCGCGUCGAGGUCCCGAGCCGCGACGGGACGACGAAGAUCCCCGUGACGCUGCUCUGGCGCAAGGACAAGCGGGUCGCGGGCGAGCCCAUGCCCACGCACCUCUACGGCUACGGCUCCUACGGCAUCUGCAUGGACCCGUCCUUCUCGUCGUCGCGCUUCGCGCUCGUGGACCGGGGCAUCUGCUACGCGAUCGCGCACGUCCGCGGCGGCGGCGAGAUGGGCCACAACCUGUGGUACGAGCAGCAGGGCAAGUACCUCGCGAAGAAGAACACGUUCUUCGACUUCGUCGACGUCGCGGCGCACCUCAAGGCGACGGGCGUGGCGUCCGAGAUGAGCUGCGAGGGCCGGUCCGCGGGCGGGCUCCUCGUGGGCAACGCGGUGAACCUGGCGCCGGACGCGUUCUGCGCGUGCGUCGCGGGCGUGCCCUUCGUCGACCUCAUGGUCACCAUGUGCGACCCGUCGAUCCCGCUGACGACGGAGGAGUGGGAGGAGUGGGGCAACCCGAACAACGCCAAGUACUUCCAGUACAUGCUCGAGUACUCGCCCAUCGACAACGUCGCGCCGGGCGUCACGUACCCGAAGAUGCUCCUCGUCUCCGGCCUCAACGACCCGCGCGUCGCCUACUGGGAGCCGGCGAAGUGGGCCCAGGUCCUCCGCCACGACGUCGCGAACCCGGACGACGUCCUCCUCAAGAUGGACAUGGCCGCGGGCCACUUCUCCGCCGCGGACCGCUACCGCUACCUCCGCGAGCUCGCCUUCGACUACGCCUGGCUCCUCGACGUCUUCGGCAAGGCCGAGUAG